AAAAUAGGUGGUAUUAUUACCAUUUAUAAAGAUUUUCCUAAACAUGGGUUUCCCCUAUUGAGUAAUUGAACAUUAUUAUUGCUUUUUCAUGUGAUUUGUAUACCCUCUUUAAAAAAAAUAAUGAUUUUCAUAGAAAAUUUAAGUUUUGUUAGUCCAUUUUAUGAAACACUCGAUACUAGAAAUGAGUCAAUAGAUUUCCCACUUUGUGACUGGUGCCAUUCAUGAAAGAAUAUUCCAAGAUAAAAAAAUGAAUGUGUUCUUGAUAUUAUCAUAUUAUAUAUAAUGACUGAGGAACAAUAGUUUUUUUCAAAACUGAAUGUUAUUUGUGUAGGAUUUAUUUUCAUUUCCUUGUCCAAACUUUUAAGGUUUAAGAGGUGUUAGAGAAAAAUGUCUGUUCCUUCUCCAGAAGAUAUAAUGAAAUGUCCUAUCUGCUUAGAAACCAUGCAGCCUCCAAUAAUACAAUGUAAGGUUGGGCAUAGCAUGUGUAAAUCAUGUAUUACUGGCUGCCGUAUAUCAAACUGCCCAACAUGUAGAUCCCAGCUAACAGAAACCCGAAAUUAUCAAUUGGAACAAUUAAUAGAAGGUCUCAAAAAAGUCCUUAAAUUACAAUGUGUUUAUUAUUAUAAAGGUUGCAAAUAUGAUUUAACACAACAGGAUAAACAAACCCAUGAAUUGGAAUGCAAAUAUCGAAAAUUCCACUGCGAAGGUAAUAAAUUUGCAAAUUUGAAUUGUGAUUGGAAGGGAGAAUUUGCAGGAAUAUACAAACACUUCAAAGAUUCUCAUCCUAAUAGUACUAGAAUGGAAUACAAAACUGAUGCCACAAUGAAAAUAAGUUUGAAUAGAGAUUUCAAAGAUGUUCAGAUAAUAUCUUUUUUCAACGGACAACAAUAUUUUUAUUAUAAACACCAAAUCGAUGUUACAAAACAAAAAGCUUAUUGGCACUUCCAACUAAUCGGUUUAAAAUCACAAGCAGAAAAUUAUUAUUAUGAAUUUGAAAUACAUAAUAACAGUUUGAGAAAGUUUAAAGUUACUGAGUUUUGUACAAGUGAUACAACUGAUAUAAACACCACAUUUGCUCAAGAAAAAUGUGUUGUAGUAUCCUUCACUGGUAUUAAGAAUUAUCUGAACGAGUUUGGAGAACUACAUUUCAAGUUUCGAAUUAUGGCAAAUAAAAAGACUCGUCAUUAAUAUUAAUUAACAUGUACAGAGUGGAGUAAGGAAAUUUCCUGAUAUGUCACCUACAUAAUAUAAAUCAGUGUGAAAGGCACAACUUGUUGCAUUAGUUUAUAGUCUUUCAUGAGUUAUUUGUGUAGGUCCUCAGAAAUUUUUGAGGAAAUUGGAAAUUUCAUCAAAUUCUAUCUCUUAACUGCACAUAUAUUAUUAUUUUUAAAUGUUAUUAUUAUAUGUUAAAAAUUGUUUUUACCAAUUGUAAGACUACUUUGGCCAAAAAUUUGCUUUUCUAAAUUUAAUCAAUUCCGAAUUUUCUUAUUAUAUCUGUUGUAAAACUUAUUUUUGUUAAAAAUUGGCUGCUCUAAGUCUGUUUUUGGUCAAAAAAGGAUUUUUAUUUGGUCAAACAAUAGUUUUUUCAACUUCAAUUUUGUAAAGAAUGUUUUUUUUCAGUUUAAUUUAGUGAAAAUCAUUUUUACAUUUCUCAUUUUAUAGUUAAUGAUAAUUAACUGCAAUAUAGUAAUAAAAUAAUUGUUGAAAAUUGAUUUUUCCAUUUAUUUUUUAAUAAAAGGUUUCUGAAUUUAGAAAAAUCAGCAUUGAUUAAAAUAAUUCUCGAUUUUCAAAUAUCGUACCCCUAUUUUAAUGGUAUCAUGAGCUCAUAAAUGCUAAUUUUACAGGAAGGCCAAAACAAAAAUGAUUGUAAAUGAAAUGUUUUUGUAAUCAGUUACUUCGGUUCUUAGAUGUACCAAAUUCAGUGUACAUACAGAUAUCUCUACUGAUUAGCGAUGUAAAAUGUAAUUGAGAAUCUAAAGAUAAUUUAAAAAAAAAUUCUUAAUGAUACGACACUACUUUUGAUUUUAUUUAGACUUAUUGAGUGAGGACUUAGAGCAAAUAAAACGAAAUAUGACAUUAUUUCUAUUGUAGUUUGUUGUAAGGAAAUAACAUGAAAAUAUCAAAUUCAAAACUAAAACUCGUCCACAAAAAUUGUGUUCAAAAUAAAUCUCCGUUAAAUGUAAGAAAUAACAACAUCAACAUUGAUUUGCUUCAAAUAAAGAAAAGUCUUUCUUUUUGUAUUCGUCAAUCUUUGGCUUAGAUCAGAAUUAAACUAAAGUUAUUUUUUCUUCCUCUUUUUCUUAUAACCACUCUUCACUCUCAUAGGAAGUUUUCAUUGGAAAUGAAAAGGAUCUUGUAUCUGACGACUUUCAUAAUAAAACUUCUAUUUAUGUCUAUUCUUUAUAUUAUAAAAAUCAGUGUGGGUUUAUUGCACUACAAAUUAAAUUAUGUAAGAUCUCUUACAUAGAAGUGAGGUUAUGGCACAGCUCAUGGUGGGUGCAGACUCUAGUAACUCUAUGUAAUAGUGAUACUUAGCGCCUCACGCGGAAUCUUUUAGUACUAAUGCUAUAGCACUGUCAAAUAUACAUUGGACGGAAAAUGUCAGUUUCAAAUUUAACUAUUUAAAUAGGAGUAAGAUAUCUAAAAAAAUAAUCAAUAUAAUAUUGAUACAGCGAUAUUAGUUGGACCAUAUUCCAGAUUUUCAUGUACCAGUAACUGAUAUUGUCUUUACUCACUGUUUGAAUCGAAUGAAAGAUACAAACUUCUGCUGUGAAUUUAGCUGUUUUCAUUCAUUUAAAAAAAAGAGGGCCAAAUAUACAAAAUGGAUCCUAGUUAUUUAUAAUUGAAAAUUUGUGUACUUUAAUCAUGAUGAUAUGUCAAUAAAAUAACCAAAUUUUAA